AUGGCGGACUACGACGAAGAUUACGACUAUACGCCUUAUGAUGGCGACGACGACGAUGAGGGCAUCACCCCCGAGGACUGCUGGACCGUCAUCUCGUCCUUUUUUGAUACCAAAGGCCUUGUCUCGCAGCAGACUGAUUCCUUCGACGAGUUUACACAGACGACGAUACAGGACCUUGUCAACGAAUAUUCCACCAUCACACUCGACCAACCGAACCCUCCAUCAGCCGCAGGAGAAAAGGUUGCCCUUCGUCGAUAUGAGAUCAAAUUCGGAACCGUCAUGGUGUCACGUCCGACCAUCAGCGAAACCGACGGAACUGUAACGUCGCUGCUGCCGUACGAAUGUCGUGACCGAAACUUGACUUAUGCAAGUCCGCUCUACAUCAAUAUUACGAAGAAGGUAUCUAGGGCUGUUGAGCAAGAUAUACCCCUCAAAGAAUUGGAUGACGCUCAACGUGAGGAGCUCAAGAGGACUGGUGAAAUGCCUACAAAACUUGUCUGGGAAGUGGAGGAAUCCGCCGAGGACGAUGACACUGGCAAGUCUGAGGACUGGAAGAACAUGGUGUUUGUUGGAAAACUUCCCAUCAUGGUCAAAUCCAAGAUUUGCCACUUGAGUCGCGAGCAGGAGGACAGCCUGUUCAUGGUCAAUGAAUGCCCCUACGACCAGGGUGGUUACUUUGUCAUCAAUGGCAGCGAAAAGGUCCUUAUUGCUCAGGAACGCUCCGCCGCCAACAUCGUCCAGGUUUUCAAGAAGGCUCAGCCUAGCCCGUACACGUACACUGCUGAAAUCAGAAGUGCGUUGGAGAAGGGCUCACGUCUUAUUUCGAGCUUGACACUUAAGCUAUACGGCAAGGGCGACUCUGCUCGUGGUGGCUUUGGCCAGACCAUUCACACAACUCUUCCCUUUGUCAAAUCCGAUCUGCCAAUUGCCAUCGUGUUCCGUGCCUUAGGUGUUGUAUCCGAUGAGGACAUUCUCAACCACAUCUGUUACGACAGAAAGGACAGCCAGAUGCUCGAGAUGCUUCGACCAUGCAUCGAAGAGGCCUUCUGUGUCCAGGACAGAGAAGUCGCUCUCGACUUCAUCGGCAAGCGAGGUAACCGAGAUCAGGCCGGCUUAGGCAGAGACAAACGUGUUCGCGUUGCCAAGGACAUUUUGCAGAAGGAGACGCUUCCUCACAUCUCCCAAACUGAAGGUAGCGAGACGAGAAAAGCCUUCUUCCUGGGCUACAUGGUUCAUAAGCUCCUCCAAUGCGCUCUUGGACGACGUGAGCCCGAUGACCGUGAUCACUUUGGCAAGAAGCGUUUGGACCUGGCUGGUCCCCUUUUGGCUAAGCUCUUCCGUGGCAUCAUUCGCAGGAUGAAUACGGAAUUGUCAAAUUAUCUGCGAAGAUGCGUUGAGGGUAACCGGCAUUUCAACUUGGCAGUUGGUAUCAAGCCUGGAACACUUUCCAACGGGUUGAAAUAUUCCCUUGCCACUGGCAACUGGGGAGAUCAGAAGAAGGCCAUGAGUUCCACUGCCGGCGUGUCCCAAGUGUUGAAUAGGUAUACUUUUGCUUCGACACUCUCUCACUUGCGACGAACCAACACACCUAUUGGUAGAGAUGGUAAGCUCGCUAAACCUCGUCAGCUGCACAACACGCACUGGGGCUUGGUCUGUCCCGCCGAGACGCCAGAAGGUCAGGCUUGCGGUCUGGUCAAGAACCUGUCAUUGAUGUGUUAUGUCAGUGUGGGUUCACCGGCCGAGCCAUUGAUUGAAUUCAUGAUCAACCGUGGCAUGGAAGUGGUAGAAGAGUACGAGCCGCUGAGAUAUCCUCAUGCCACCAAGAUCUUUGUCAAUGGUGUUUGGGUUGGUGUACACCAAGAUCCUAAGCACCUGGUCAGUCAAGUCUUGGAUACUAGACGAAAGUCGUAUUUGCAGUACGAGGUGUCUCUCGUCCGAGAAAUCAGGGAUCAAGAGUUCAAGAUUUUCUCCGAUGCUGGCCGAGUUAUGAGACCAGUGUUCACUGUGCAGCAAGAAGACGAUCCCGAGACUGGCAUUGAAAAAGGCCAUCUGGUUUUGACCAAAGACUUGGUUAACAAGCUUGCGAAAGAACAAGCUGAACCGCCUGAAGACCCAAGCGAGAAAAUUGGCUGGGAAGGACUGAUUCGCGCCGGCGCCGUCGAGUAUCUUGAUGCUGAAGAAGAAGAGACAGCAAUGAUCUGCAUGACGCCAGAAGAUCUCGAGCUAUACCGUCUGCAGAAAGCCGGUGUUGCUCUUGAUGAUGACAUUGGAGAUGACCUGAAUAAGCGUCUCAAGACCAAGACCAACCCCACAACUCACAUGUAUACGCAUUGUGAAAUUCACCCCAGUAUGAUUCUUGGUAUUUGCGCUAGUAUUAUUCCAUUCCCCGAUCACAAUCAGUCACCUCGUAACACCUAUCAAUCCGCCAUGGGUAAACAAGCCAUGGGUUUCUUCCUCACCAAUUACUCUCGCCGUAUGGACACCAUGGCAAACAUUCUCUACUAUCCCCAGAAACCACUGGCCACCACUCGAUCCAUGGAAUUUCUCAAGUUCCGUGAGUUGCCUGCUGGCCAAAAUGCCAUCGUCGCUAUUGCCUGUUACUCGGGUUACAACCAGGAGGAUUCUGUUAUUAUGAAUCAGAGCAGUAUCGACAGAGGCCUGUUCCGAAGUCUGUUUUUCCGUUCGUACUCUGAUCAAGAAAAGAAAGUUGGCUUGAACUACACUGAAGUAUUCGAAAAACCAUUCCAUCAGAGCACUCUCCGUAUGAAGCACGGAACAUAUGACAAACUAGACGACGAUGGUAUUGUUGCACCCGGCGUGAGGGUAUCCGGAGAGGACAUCAUUAUUGGCAAGACGGCGCCCAUUGACCAAGAGAGCCAAGAUCUGGGAACCAGAACCAGCGUCCAUCAAAGACGUGAUAUCUCCACACCGCUGAGAAGCACGGAGAACGGCAUUGUGGACUCGGUCAUCCUCACAGUUAAUGCCGACAAUGUCAAGUACGUCAAGGUUCGUGUCCGAACAACAAAGAUCCCACAAAUUGGCGACAAGUUUGCCUCUCGUCACGGUCAAAAGGGAACUAUUGGUGUCACCUACCGACAGGAGGACAUGCCAUUCACACGGGAGGGUGUGACGCCAGACAUCAUUAUCAACCCGCACGCCAUUCCAUCUCGAAUGACAAUUGCUCACUUGAUCGAGUGUCUGUUGAGUAAGGUGUCGACAUUGGAAGGUAUGGAGGGUGAUGCCACACCAUUCACUGAUGUGACAGUGGACUCUGUGUCUGAGCUGCUACGCAAACACGGUUACCAGUCCAGAGGAUUUGAAAUCAUGUACAACGGCCAUACCGGCAAGAAGCUGAGAGCACAGGUGUUCUUUGGGCCUACGUAUUACCAGCGACUCCGUCACAUGGUGGAUGACAAGAUCCACGCGCGUGCUCGUGGGCCUGUGCAAAUCAUGACACGGCAGCCCGUGGAGGGUCGUGCCAGAGAUGGCGGCCUCCGAUUCGGAGAAAUGGAACGCGAUUGCAUGAUUGCUCAUGGUGCAGCUGCCUUCCUGAAGGAGCGACUGUUCGAAGUGUCAGAUGCCUUCCGAGUCCACAUUUGUGAGAUUUGCGGGCUGAUGACACCCAUUGCAAACCUUUCAAAGCAAUCGUUCGAAUGCCGACCUUGCAAGAACAAGACCAAGAUUGCCCAGAUCCACAUUCCCUAUGCUGCCAAGCUGUUGUUCCAAGAACUUCAAUCCAUGAACAUUGCAGCAAGAAUGUUCACCAAUAGGUCCGGCGCAUCUAUCCGAUAA